GUCCCCCGAGCAGCAGGGGAAGGCAACUCACUCGAGGGCUGCGGCAGAGGCCUAGUGCGGCCACCCCCGCUCCGCGUCUCCGCCGCCGCGCCCCCAUGGCCGAGGAGCAGCAGACAGAGGGGCAGCCGCCGCGGCGACUCGCCGGCACCCCGGCGCCCGGCGGGGCCCUGCCGGCCCUAGUGCCGGGGCUGCAGGGCGGCGAGGCCAACGCGCUGCAGCACAAGAUCCGCAGCUCCAUCUGCAAAAAUGUACAAUCUAAAGUGGACUGCAUUUUGCAAGAAGUUGAGAAGUUUACAGACCUAGAGAAACUCUACCUCUACCUUCAGCUGCCUUCGGGUCCCAACAAUGGAGACAAAAGUGAUCAGAUCUCCAUGUCAUCCAGCCGUGCCCAGCAGAUGCACGCCUUCUCGUGGAUACGGAACACCUUGGAAGAGCACCCCGAGACAUCCCUUCCCAAGCAGGAAGUUUACGAUGAAUACAAGAGCUAUUGUGACAAUCUUGGCUACCACCCAUUAAGUGCUGCUGACUUUGGGAAGAUUAUGAAAAAUGUCUUUCCAAAUAUGAAGGCCCGUCGUCUAGGCACAAGAGGCAAAUCAAAAUAUUGCUACAGUGGACUGAGGAAGAAGGCUUUUGUGCAUAUGCCAACACUGCCCAACCUUGACUUUCAUAAAACUGGAGAUGGGUUGGAUGGGGCAGAGCCGCCUGGGCAGCUGCAAAGUGCUGAUGAGGAAGUUGUCUCUGCGGCCUGCCGGCUUGUUUGUGAAUGGGCACAGAAAGUGCUGAGCCAGCCCUUUGAUACAGUCUUGGAAUUGGCUCGUUUCCUUGUAAAAAGUCACUAUAUUGGUACCAAGUCAAUGGCAGCUUUAACAGUAAUGGCAGGGGCACCAGCAGGAAUAAAAGGGAUCCCCCAGCCCUCUGCUUUUAUACCUACUGCUGAAAGUAAUUCCUUUCAACCACAAGUGAAAACUCUGCCAUCUCCUGUUGAUGCCAAGCAGCAGCUGCAACGUAAGAUCCAGAAGAAGCAGCAAGAACAGAAACUGCAGUCUCCUUUGCCAGGAGAAUCUCCAGCAAAGAAAACAGAAGGCACUGCAACCAAUGGUGUAACCAGUAUAUCUAAUGGAAGUCCUGCAAUUCUGUCUCCUCCACCUAUUGGCAUUGUUGUGGCAGCUGUUCCCAGCCCAAUACCGGUGCCAAGGACCAGGCAGUUGGUGACAUCUCCAAGUCCUAUGGGAUCGUCUGAUAGCAAAGUCCUGCCACUCAAUGUUCAGGUGGUCACUCAGCACAUGCAAUCAGUCAAGCAGUCACCAAAGACUCCCCAGAACGUUCCCGCCAGCCCAGUUGGUGACCGCUCUGCCCGGCAUCGCUACCCUCAGAUCUUGCCGAAGCCAGCAAACACCAAUGCUCUCACCAUCCGUUCUCCCACCACAGUGCUCUUCACCAGUAGCCCAAUCAAGACUGUUGUGCCAGCUCCACAUGUGAAUUCCUUAAAUGUGGUAAAAAUGACAGCAAUAUCUCUUGCUCCAAGCAGUGGUAGCGUGCCCGUCAAACAGACAUCCUCAGUUAGCAGUAGUGCGGGAGCAGCAGAAGAAGGGAGAACUGGUCCACAGAUCAAAAAUGGAUCAGUUGUUUCACUUCAGUCUCCAGGAUCCAAGCCUGGCACUGUCGCAGCUACACCUGCAGUCAAGAUCAAAAUGGAACCAGAAGCGUUGCUGGAUGAGAACUCAGUACAAGGCCAGGAGAGCUCUGAUGUGUCUAAAUCCAUAAAGGCUACCCCUGACCUGCCUUCUGCUCAACUAAUUCAUUUUGAGGUUGCAACACUGAAGGAUUCAGCUGAUGAUGUCAUGGAGGCAAAACCAGUUAAGGGCUGUGAUCAGGGAGCUGAAGAAACAGGGACCAAAUACAAAACACAAUCAAAUGAGAUCACACCAGUUUCUUCAGCAGGCAAUAAUCAAAGCACUGUAAAGCUUGCAGUUGCCAAUCAAAACUUGUCCAGCACCAGCAUUGGUUCACCUCCUACUGGUGAGUCUACAGUUAAAGACAAAACAUGCACUAAAAGCCCAAGAAAGAGACAACCCUCUGCACUGCAGGAUUCCCAGGUACCACCUGUAAAGAAACCACUGGUGGAGCCACUUUCAGCUGGUAAUGCUGUGGAGAGUCAAAAAGCAAACAGUGUUAAGAAAUCUCCAAAGGCUGGAUCAUUAGCUAACAGUGACAAUACAACAACACUUGCUCAAGUUCCCAGCAAGAUACCUGUGACUGUACCUGUAUCUUCUACCGCUGCAGCAAACUUAACAACAGACUUCUCUUUGAGCACCAGUUUAAAUAUCAGUGAUUCUGCUUUAGAACAGCAGCUUGCAUCAUCUCCAGAUAUAAAAGUAAAAUUGGAAGGAAACAUGUUUAUCAUAGAAAAUGAUUCAAAAUCUGAUGGCAGCUUUAACCCAAAUACCUGGCACCAUAUCACCAAAACCUCCGACUUUGCAUCUGUGAGUUGUGAUCAGCAGCAAGAUAUCAGUGUUAUGACUAUCACAGGGCACUCUGGCUCGAGUGACUUGCAGGAAUCAGCGUGGGAGUCAGUGCACUGCGAAGAUCUACAGCAAGAUGCAUACAGCCAGCAGCUACAGGGCCAGAUGCAGGACUCCUCCUUGGGUCAGAUACAAGCACAGUCUUCAAAUCAGUUACCUCUGCAGUCUGAGCUGAAGGAGUUUGAACAUACAGUCCCUCAGUCAAAUGAAAACUUCUUUUCGUUUGAUGAUGACCUCACCCAGGACAGCAUUGUGGAGGAGCUGGUGCUCAUGGAGGAGCAGAUGGCCAUGAAUAAUUCUCAUCCUUAUGGUGGUAGUCUAGGAAUAGCACUUCAGAGUCAGACUGUAGCUCAAGGAGCUCCCGUGUCAUCUCAUCCAAGCAGCGUGCACUUUUACCAUUCAAUCCAUAACAACAGCACUCCAAUUCACACUCCCACCCCCACUCCCACCCCGACUCCCACUCCCACCCCAACUCCAACACCCACCUCCGAAAUGAUCGCUGGAUCUCAGAACAUGUCCCGAGAGAGCCCUUGCUCCAGGCUGGCUCAGACGACUCCCGUCGACAGCGCUCUAGGAAGCAGCCGGCACACGCCCAUCGGCACCCCGCACUCGAACUGCAGCAGCAGCGUCCCUCCCAGCCCUGUUGAGUGCCGAAACCCUUUUGCUUUUACCCCCAUCAGCUCCAGCAUGGCUUACCACGACGCCAGCAUCAUAUCCAGCAGCCCUGUGAAGCCGAUGCAGCGGCCUAUGGCUACCCACCCCGACAAAACCAAGCUUGAAUGGAUGAAUAAUGGCUACAGCGGGGUGAGUGGCUCCUCGGUUUCAAACCACGGCAUCCUGACGAGCUACCAGGAGCUGGUGGAAGAUCGCUUCAGGAAACCUCACGCCUUCGCCGUUCCUGGGCAGUCCUACCAGGCCCAGCCACGUCAUCAGGAGACUCACUUCGGUCGAGUGACACCCGUGUCACCCGUGCAGCACCAGGCAGGCCCUGUCAGUAGCACCACCAAGCAGGAGGGCUUCGCCGUUCCCGCGCCUUUGGACAACAAAGGAACCGGUUCCUCUCUCAACAACAGCCUGAGGUGCCGGAGCGUCAGCCCCGCUGUCCAUCGCCAGCGCAAUCUCAGUGGAAGCACUGUUUACCCUGUUGCAAAUAUACCACGCUCUAACCUGGCACCUUUUGGAAGUCCGGUGACUCCCGAAGUUCACAAUGUAUUUGCUAAUAUCCAUGCAGACACCAGUGCCAAUAACAUAGCACAAAGAAGCCAGUCAGUCCCCUUGACUGUGAUGAUGCAGACAGCUUUCCCCUCUCUUCAGAAACAAACAAACACUAAAAAAAUAACCAAUGUCUUGUUAAACAAACUCGAUUCUGAUAGUGAUGAUGCAGUGAGGGGUUUGGGAAUGAACAACAUGCCCUCUAAUUACACAGCCAGGAUGAAUCUCACUCAGAUUUUGGAGACAUCCGCCCCUUUUCCUAGUGCCAACCCACAAAAUAUGAUCAAUUCCAGCACUUCAGUUUAUGAAUUCCAGACGCCAAAUUACCUCACAAAAAACAGCAGCACCGAUCAGAUCAGUUUUUCUUCUGGAGAUAACCAAGCACAAUCAGACAUCGGAGAGCAGCAAUUAGAUUUUAGCAGCACUGUAAAAGACCUUUUAGGGGAGGACAGUCUGCCAACAAACCAGCAGCUGGUGAAUCAGAUGGCAUCAGAUCUCAAUAAUGUUGCAUCUGUCUUUUCCAGCGACAUCAGGUUGUCUUCCGAGCUCUCAGGCAGCAUUAACGAUCUGAACACUCUAGACACAAAUCUACUGUUUGAUCCAGGUCGUCAGCAGGGACAAGAUGAUGAUGCUACACUGGAGGAAUUAAACAACGACCCCUUGUUUCAACAAAUCUGCAAUGAAUCCAUUAACUCAAUGACUACACCAGGUUUUGAGUGGAUGGAGAGUAAGGAUCAUCCUGCUGUUGAAAUGUUGGGUUAAUCUUGUUUUAUAAUAUGUAUGUAGCACACUGUAUCUAAAAGACAGACGUAUUGUAUUUGUCUUAAUGGAAGUGCCUCCUGCAGCAGAAACACUUGCUAUGUAUUGUGGCAUUUAAAAAAAAAAGUUUGCUGUACCCGUUUCUCAUUCCUCAGCAGGGAAAAGGCAGUCUUACCAAUUUUAAACAAAUCUCUGAGGGUGAUGGGCUGCCAAAGAGCCAGUAUUAAAAUUUGAAUUUUAUAGUGUUUCCCAAUCAACAUUUCUUAUUGUAGCAAAUAAAGAAGUGGUCAAUAGGCAGCCACCAGUGACAGCUAUGGGUGAGGGUUUUAAGUCGAGCUGGUGAGUAGGUUGUCCAUAUUUUGUAUUCCUUGCUGCUUCUUACUCCUGGCUGACCUUUGCUGUCCAGAUCUGAAACACAGGGUGCCUGCAGAUAGGUUGUUGGUGGGGAGUGAGUACAGGUGAGCCAGGUGAGAUGCAGGUGCCUGAUCCUAGUGUAGCUCCUCUUGAGCACUGCUCAGUGAUGAACUGUGGGAAAUCUCCGUGGCGCUGGUGCCACUGACAUCUCUAGUAAAGUGCAGGGAUAGGACAAACUUAACAGGAGUGAUCAAGGAGAAAGAAAGAUGCACUAAAUUUUUUAUUUAAGAUAAAUAAAUCUAUAUGAUUAUUUUGCCCAUUAUUAUUCACAUCAUACUUGAUAUUUUAGUUCUCACUUCAGUAUUUUCAUAUUACGUAAAAUUCAGGCAAAAAGCUUUUGAGCACUGAGAUUUAAUCUGGGCAUAACACCCUAUUUUAAAGUCAUAGUUACUUUUUAAUUAUUUAUCAAUGCUAGAGAAGGAAUGUGAUACUUUCCCUCUUUUUUUAAGUAAAAAAAGCUGCUGCAGCUCAUUAAAAUACUAUUUUUAAAGAUUCAUAUUUUAAGUUUGCUCUUUCCUAACCUAGUGAAGGGUGUAGGAAGAUACUCUUUUCUCUGUAUUUCAGUAGGUUGAGCCUUUCUGUCUUUCUUACUCUCUUUCUCUCAAACAAAAGAUGAGUAAAAUGUUAAAAAUGUGGUCGAUCUAAAAAUAUUUCAUACAGAGCCAUAAUACUGCACCUUACAGGUACACAGUAAGACAUGAUCUAUUUUUGGUAAAAAUUCACUUAAAAGUACUGUUUUAGAAGCCUGAAUUCCAUCUUCCUAAAUUAUUUGACAGGGCUGGUGAAUUUUUUUUUUUUUUUUUUUAAGAAGUCCUUAGCUGCCCCUCUGGAAAAUGAGAGUUGAGUUAGACUUUUGCUUUAUUAGUUCACUUAAACAAAAAAAGACCUCUUGUUUUAUCCACAUGGCAUGGAUCUCUCUGAUGGUCAAAAGAGAGAGCUACUUAGCCAGCCAUGGCCCUGAUGCUGUAAAGAGGACUUGCAGAGGCAAGGUUUUACAAGAGUUGGUGUACUGAGGGAUGCUAAAAUGCCAUCUAGUAAGCAUAGUAUAAAAUUGAUUAUUUCUCCCAUGAACUGACACAAAACAGAAAACAGAACAGAAAACACUUUCCUCUCUUGCAUUACUUCUUUGAAUUAAAGGUUGUGAACUUCUGAGGGGGGAGGCAAAAUAAGCUUCCCUAGAUUUAUGUGAAGGGAAGAUGCCUGCAUUAUUUGGGGUGAUUAGUUGGUUCUUUGUUUUAAGUGUUGUCCUGGCUUGGGCCAGGAUGAAGGCUGUUAAUUUCAGCAAGUGCAGCUACUUAGAAGAGACUUAGCUGAAAGCUAAAGUACAAGACAGCAAAUUAUCUUUAUCCUGGCCCAAACCAGGACAAGUGUCUUGGUGGUCUUCUGUUUCUUUAGCUUUGCUGAUAACUUGAGACCCCAGUACUGGUCCAUUUUUUUGGCGGUGCUGAUUCAAAUUGUGCUGCUGCGUGGUCACUUGAAGUGCUGCUGUCCUGCAGCUUCUCCUGCUCCUGUCCCAGUGCAUCACCAGUCUGUGGCCUCUUCUGCAGGGACAAAGAGUUGUGCUAAGCUGUAGCACCUUAGGGGGGAGGCUGAUUUCACUGCGCUUGCAUCAGAAGUUGUGCCACUUUGUUCAGAUCCCUCCUUGGACCACGUGCACAUGCAGUGGUGUGGUUUGUUUCAUUUAAAGCCAAGUGACCCUUAUAAUUUUUGUUAAGGAAAUGGGGAGGAGACUGAAAACUGUGUGGUAGCCUUCUGCUUGUUAUCUUGCUGGGUGUCUGUUGGGAAGUCUUGAACCAUUUUUCCUGUAGGCUGAAGCUGAAGAUGGCAGAGCUUGGGUAAUGUGCCUGCCCACAGCCUUUCCCCAGAGAUGUGCUGAAUAUCAUCCUACCUUGUUGACUUCACUGGGUCUUGAGAGACACUCAUUACCUCUUUUGUUUUUUUUCCCCCCACCCUGUGCAAAGUGCCAGCACUGCUGUGGACAGGUGAAACCUACCUGAAGGAGAGUGAUGAGGGGAUGCGAGUGCUGGUGCUGCAGGGGGAAGCUGCACACGUGCUGCAGCAGCCCCUGCAUUUGUGUGACCUGUUGGCCUGACCUCCAGGUCUCUAAUACAGAGACUGUGGGGGAAAAACAAAUUUUUGCCUAUUUCCACUACCUAAGAGCAUUUCUCAGAGAGCAGGAGUAGAUUUAAAGCUGGUGCGUUCUAAAUUAUGCAUCCUUCACCAAAGGUUUUUAAAAGUGUGUUUAAAACUAGUUUUAAACACACAGAUUACAUUGGGCCUAAUGUGAUUUAAUUGGCAGAAAUAUUCUAUAAUCAGUGGAUUUAAAGCUAAUACAGGUUUAAUUUAAAAAGUGUCAAUUUCAAUAAGGGUUGUUUCAAGUGAACUCCAAGGCACAGGCACAGUUUUGUACAUUGAUAUGUAUUAUUUCAGAGGUGUUUGUGUGUUGGUGUUGUCAUUAAUAAUGUUAGGUCCCUGUACUUAGUGGUAGUUAGUUCUUUACUAAACAUUGAGACAGAGCACUACUGCACACCAAAGUAUGCAAUACCCAAAGGAAAAUUCUGUCAUUCUAACAAAUGGAAGCCUCUGUCAGAUACUCCAAAACUCAGAGUGAGACAGUUCUGACCCCUUGUUUACAUUAUUGGCUUCCUACUGACGUAAGAAAUAAAUUAUUUUGAUAGCAAUUUUUGCUAAAGUUAUACAAACUAGUGAGUUUGUACCCCUGUGUACAGUAUUGCAGCAAACACUUUAAAUUUGGUUGGUUGGUUAGUCCAGCAAACUUUCUGGGUUCAUAUAUUGCACUAAAAUUCUGUUGAACCUGUGGCAGGCACAUUCCGUAGGAUAAAUGCAACAAAUACGGCCCACAGAUUAAAAAAAAAAAAAAAAAAAAAAAAAGAAAGCAAAGAAAAAAAACCUUUUUAAUGUGUUUCAUUAUUAAAAGGCAAAAUGUCAUUAAAAGUGACAGGUGAAAUUGUCUUAUGUAGCAAUGUGCAUUGAUCUCAAUGAGAUAUUUCUAUUUCUUAUUCUCUUACAUGAGAAUAUUACAGCAGGAAAAAAAUUAAGUUUAGUUUGCUUCACCAUGUUAAUACAUGAUCACAAAACGUGCAUGAGUGUUAAUGACUUAAUCUUGUACAGUACUAGAUAUAUUCCUGUAACCACUUUUAUUUUUUUUAUUCUUUUGCUGUAUUGAAACUGGUUCAGUGUUAACCAGGUGAGCAUAGUUAUUCACAAGUUAUUUACUUUUUUAUGUUAACUAAUUCAGCUUAGUUAUUGUUGAGUAUGUUCCUUUCUUGGAUUAUUUUUUAUUGUUCUGGUGUUGAAAAACAUUUUUGCAUAAUUUUAUCAUGAUAAGAAUUCAUGAAGUAAAUAAUUUGCAAAUAAUUGCAAUAAGCACUGACUUAUGAACUGAAAAGAAGGAAAGCGUUUCUUGUGCAGUGCAUCUGAGGUUCAUAUAAUAGUCUUGUACUAUACUGUGCUUUAUUUACUGCACCAUAAGGAAAGAAAAAUACCUGUUCCACGUUUUCAUUUAGUGCAGGAAAUCCAGUUUCCCCCCUCUUCCCCAGUGUUUUGUUGUCUGUUGUACUGCUGAAACUACAGUAGUUGAAUAUUGCAGUAGCAUUUCAGUUAUUUUUUUUAUUGAAAGUGCUCAAAAAUUGUUUUUUAAAUGUUUUCAAAAACAAUAAAAACAUUUUAUAUUACAA